CAAGAAGACCUACAAGGGCCGAGAGGCGACCUACAAUUACACGGCGCCGUUUCCUUAUAACGCCAAGACUGGGAAUAACGUCGGCGUCAAGUAUAGUCGCAAGGAGAACGGCAAGGUCGAGGUUUUUGAGACAUAAUCAUAUUUAUAUGUAUUUAAUAUAAGUUAUACUUUGGUGAGUAUUUUUCGGCUCGGUCCAGCGGAAUGUCCUGAUGACAUCACGAUCUCACCACUUCACUCCAAGGAACUCUCCAAGUAUCAAGCAUCAAGUAUAAUAUCUCAGAAUCGAGUCAGUAUGCAGAGUAUCCGAAGUAUCCGAAGUAUCUCCAAGACUGGCAUCCGCCAUCUGAGUCUGCUGGAGCACCGUUCCCACCGUCUUUUAAAGGACUACUCCAUUCCAACUCCCCAUGGAUUCGUCGUGUCCACGCCCGAAGAAGCGGAAUACGUCGUCACCAAGAUCGGUAUGACUCUCUGCUCUACACCGUGUCAGGCUAACUGUGUAGAUGCCCCCUCGGUGUUGAAGUCGCAGAUCCAAGCCGGCGGACGCGGCAAAGGCAGAUUCGACAGCGACGGGAAAAGUGGCAUCCGGAUCGUCGGGCCAGAGGAAGCAUACAAGAACGCGGCAAACAUGCUGGACCACCGGCUCACGACCAAGCAGACGCCCGCCGACGGCCUGUUGGUGCAGAAGCUGUACAUCUACCGCGCCGUCGACGUGCAGCACGAGUUCUACCUGGCUCUCACGCUGGACCGCGAACGAGGCAGCCCGCUGCUCCUCAUCUCCGCCGAGGGGGGGGUCAACAUCGAAUCGAACACGGAGAGUCUGCACGCCUUUGCGCUGCCUCUGUCGGGCAUACCGGCGCGUGUGGUGGAGGCGAUCCAGGAGAAGAUGGGAUUCACGCGGCCGGAAAUGGACCGGAUCGCCCAUCUCCUGCGCCAGAUGUUCCGCCUCUUCCGGGAGAAAGACGCUCUCCUCCUCGAACUGAACCCGUUGGUCCGUACGCCCGACGGAGAGUUCAUUGUCCUUGACGCCAAGUGCGAGAUCGAUCCCUCGGCGCAGUUCAGACAGCAGGAUCUCUUCCACGCCGAUGCUGCCGCUGCAGAGCCCGCCGGGCUCUCGUAUAUCAAACUGGACGGCAAUAUAGGCAAUAUCGUCAACGGCGCCGGUCUCGCCAUGGCAACCAACGACCUCAUCAGUCUGUUUGGCGGCAAGAGUGCCAACUUCCUCGAUAUCGGCGGCAAGGCCACCGAGGAGACGCUCUUGACUGCGUUUCGCAUGCUGGAAUCAGGGGUGGACGGCAUUCUCAUCAACAUCUUCGGAGGAAUCGUCCGCUGUGAUAUGAUCGCGCAGGCCAUCGUGUCGGCCGCAGAGAAGAUGGACGGCUUCAAAGUGCCGGUCGUGGUUCGUCUGCAGGGGACGAACUGCGAGGAAGCAUUGAAAUUGAUCGAAUCAUCCGGGCUGGAGGUACACACCGAGACGGAUCUGGAGGAGGCAGCCAAAAAGAUUGUCCAGUUGGUGAAUAAAUGAUACAGAAUAUACAG